UGUGUGCGUGCAGUUAUUCCUAACCCUCAAACUGAUGAACAAUAAUUUCCCCAUUUCAAUAUUUUCCAGCUUUCUAACAGGUGUGUUUUGCAAUAUCUAAUGCACACAUAUAAAUUACAUUUAGAAUACUCAAUUAUAAUGCUUGUUAGAUUUGUUAGCACUAAGAUAUCGAUUUUCCAACUUCAGACAGCAAUUAACAUGCUUUGCUUGUUCAUUUUAAAGUUCCCAGACCUCACUGAAAGCCCACCUGGUAAUGCCAGAGGACAGUAUCAUCAGCAGUGUCCAGGAGCAACUGUCAAAAUCUGACCAAAUGGUGGCUGCAGGACAGCUUUCACAAAUAGAUAAAGUGGUUGGAACUAUGCUGGAGAACAUUGAGAAGAUAAGCAGCGAAUGUGGCGAGGAAUUGGUCUAUCAAGAGUCACUGCGGUCUUCCUCCUCGUUGUCAUUCUCAACUGCCAAAUCACAGAAGACAGAGUGGGAAUUUGCACUCCCUGGCACUCCCAUUCCUUCUGAGUUACCCGAGAGUACUGCUCAGCCCAUUGUAAGAUGUUCAGUCAUUGACAUGAGCAAAUCUACUAAGCCAAAAACAAUGGUGUGUGAUGCCAGAACAAGCAUGUUUGCCAUAGCCGAUACCAUCAUGAAGAAGGUAUAUCCAGAGGCAGAAGGGCAGGUUACAUCUCACCCUGAUCUAACAGAUGCAAUAGCUAGACUGGAGGAGCUCAUAUCUCAGGGUAGGAUUGGUGCUCUCUCCCGUGAUCUCAGUCACCAAGUCACCCGCAUAAUUUCCGAUAGCAACUUGACCCCUCUGGGACUGACAGUGGCGGCUGGAAAGAGUGCAUCUGAUACCAUCCUUUCGAAGCUGAAGAGGAAUGACAAGGUGGGGAAGCACACAACUUACGAGCUGGUUCAGCUGUUUGUAGAGGAGUCUGUUAAGUGCCUCCUGCUUCCUAGUUUUGUGCCCUAUUCAACUUCAAUGAGUUUGGCUCAGGGGGCCAAGGUGUUGGCUAGAGUGUCUGAAGAUAGAAUUUCUAGCUCUUCUUCUUCAUCAGUAUUUAGUGACACAGUCAGUCUCUUUACCAAAGUUAUGGUAAGCCAGGUCAUGUACUCUGUGCAUUCUGAUGCAGAAAGUAGAGGAUCCUCUCCAACUGAAUCUCUCCAAACAUCUGAAACCACUAUAUCUGAUGUAGGCAAUCUAUUGAGUGGCAAGUCCUCCCCUCGGCUGUCUCCUUCUGGCACCAUUAUGGCAACAAGCGAGACCUCCAAUGCAGCACAAAUCUUGAAGGCCAACAUUGAUGGAGAGGAAGUGGAUACCACCAGUCAUUCUGGUGUAGCUCAAAACAUUGUCAGGGACGAUAUGUCAACCAGCCCAGACAUGGUCAAAGAUGUCACACUUCCAACCCCAUCCUCUGAUAACUUGGGCAGUGAUGAUGACGUCACCGGCCUCAUCAGCAUGUUAGUAAUGAGAAUUCUAACAGAAAUCCAAACCCCAGCAGAAGAUUACCCAGUUGACGCCACACGCAAGUCACAAGACCUGAUCCCUAAAGUUAUGGAGGUCUUCUGUGCAUGGUCAGGCUGCUCUGAGACACAAGCCUAUCCAGAGAACUUGAGGAUUCAUAAAGUCUACAGAGUCGUCUAUAAAAAUCUGUUGGAGGAGUUUGGCUCGGAGAAAAUCCUCCAACAGGCCGUGUCGACUCAGGACUCUUCAUUUGAUAGGAUUCUUGUCAAGUCUUUGAGUGAAGCGCUUCUCCACAGAUGUAAUGAGGCAUUGAGGGCAGCCUCAAGAACAUCAGUCAAAACCACCGGGCCUAAGGCUCUUCCACUGGCUGAGGAUGUGAGGGCUAGCAGCGGGAAACUAUCUUUUCUACAAAGGCUGGUCAGGCUGACAAGCAACUUAAAGCUAUUCAAGAAGGGGAACAAGAAGGAUUCCCACCGCUCUGAAUCAGAACAAGUACAGACCACUGCUGAAGAUGGCAUGCUGCCCAGCAUAGUGCCACAUGCUGCCAUGUCUGCACUGCCAAAGGAUCUCCCCGCCAGCUCCCAACAGGAGACGCCUCACAAACGUCCACUUCUCGUCAGGAUGUUUUCUGCCAUCUCCAAAGGCCUGUUCAAGCCCUUCAAACAGUCCUUAAAGACCAAGUAACGUCAGACAAUUUAUUAAACGUCAUUCAUUGCAUUAAAUUGGCCUUUGUCUUCUUAUGUGCUCCCGUUAACAGACCAGAUUACAAUACUGGUCUUUUAAAUGUUAGCAGUGAUAGCAACAUGA